ACAAAUUUGUAAAAUACAUUAAUUUUGUUUUGGUGCAUUUUCUUCACUAUAAAAAGUCUCUUCCUCCCUCCCUCCCAAACACAUAUACGUACACCUUCACCUUCCCCCUCUUUCUCUGUCUCUAAUCUCCAUCAGUAACACAGAAUGAAGUUGGUAAUGGAGAAACCAGUUGCCAUUAAUGGAGGUUGGAUUGUUCUGGGUGCAGCAGGUGUAGUGCUCUUAAUGUUCACAUGGGCAUGGAGAGUUCUCAACUGGUUGUGGUUCACGCCCAAAAGACUAGAGAGGUGUCUCCAGCAGCAGGGUUUUUCCGGCAACCCUUACCGGCUUCUCGUCGGAGAUAUGACGGAGAACUCUCAGAUGAUAAAGGAAGCCAUGGCCAAGCCCAUUUCCCUUACCGAUGAUUGUGCACCACGUGUCUUCCCCUUUCUUUAUCACAUCGUCAAAACAUAUGGGAAAAAUAGUUUUUCCUGGAAUGGACCAGUGCCAAGGGUGACGAUAAUGAAUCCUGAACAUAUAAAAGAAAUAUUAAACAGAAUCACAGACUUCCCCAAACAAGCUGCCUCAUCAAACCCUCUCUCAAGAUUAGUAGGAACAGGACUGGCAUGCCAUGAAGGAGAAAAAUGGGCCAAACAUAGAAGAAUCAUCUCCCCUGCUUUCCACCUUGACAAGCUGAAGAAUAUGGUACCAGCCUUCUACGAUAGUUGUAGCGAUAUGAUUAACAAAUGGGAAGAGUUGGUUUCUGGUGAAGGAUUUUGCGAGUUGGAUGCAUGGCCUUAUCUUGUGAAUUUAACCAGUGAAAUCAUUUCUCGAACAGCAUUUGGUAGCAGCUACGAGGAAGGAAAAAGGAUUUUCCAACUUCAAGAUGAACUUGCCAUUCUCACUCGACAAGUUUCACAAUCAAUUUAUAUUUCAGGAUGGAGGUUUGUACCAACGAAGUUUAAUAGGAAGAUAAAGGCAGUGGACAAAGAAAUACGAGCUUCACUAAAAAAGAUGAUCGAAAACAGAGAGAGGGCCAUGAAAGCAGGAGAAGUUUCCAACGAUGACUUACUAGGUAUAUUAAUGGAAUCUAAUUCUAGAGAGAUUCAAGAACAUGGAGAUAACAAGAAUGUCGGAAUGAGCAUGGCGGAUGUAAUCGACGAGUGUAAGAUAUUUUACUUUGCGGGACAAGAGACAACCUCUGUGUUGCUCGUUUGGACAAUGAUCCUUUUGGCCAGCCACACUACUUGGCAAUCUCGUGCGAGAGACGAAGUUUUCAAAGUUUUUGGGAACAAGAAACCUGACCUUGAUGGACUUAAUCGCCUUAAAGUUGUAACGAUGAUCUUGUAUGAGGUGAUGAGAUUAUACCCACCAGGAACGAUGCUUCUUCGAUCAGUCGUGAAAGAAACGAGACUUGGAGAUCUGUUAUUACCAGCAGGAGUGAGCCUGGCGUUACCCAUAAUCCUAGUUCACCAUGAUCGCGAGUUAUGGGGUGAUGACGCAAUGGAGUUUAAACCAGAGAGAUUUGCAGAGGGAGUUUCGAAGGCGACGAAGAAUCAAGUUUCGUUCUUUCCUUUUGCAUGGGGUCCAAGAAUAUGUAUUGGCCAAAACUUUGCUCUUGCAGAAGCAAAAAUGGCGGUGGCAAUGAUCCUGCAACGUUUCACGUUUGAGUCAUCUCCAUCUUAUACUCAUGCUCCUUGCAUGGUUUUGACUCUUCAUCCACAGUUCGGUGCUCACUUGAUAUUGCGCAAGUUUUAUCCAUGAGUAAUUUGCUGGAAAACUAUUAUUAGGUGUUGCAAAGAGAUUGUUAAUAAUAAUAUUCUAUAAUCAAUAUUUAAGAUAUGUUAACAAUACGUAUUGGAAUAAUGU